CGAGACCCCCGGGCCAGGGCAGUGCGAGACCCCCGGGCCAGCCUUAAGUGCUUCUGUGCCUGAACCAUCAGCAUGGCGACAGAAAAGCUCAAGCAGCACAAAAUCAUCUUUGUGGUGGGUGGCCCUGGCUCGGGCAAGGGGACGCAGUGUGAGAAGAUCGUGCAGAAGUACGGCUACACCCACCUGUCCACGGGGGACCUGCUGCGGGCAGAGGUCAGCUCGGGCUCGGAGCGGGGCAAGAAGCUGCAGGCCAUCAUGGAGAAGGGAGAGCUGGUGCCCCUGGACACGGUGCUGGACAUGCUGAGGGAUGCCAUGGUGGCCAAAGCAGACGUGUCCAAGGGCUUCCUCAUCGAUGGAUACCCCCGCGAGGUGAAGCAGGGAGAGGAGUUUGAGAAGAAGAUCGCGCCCCCCACGCUGCUGCUGUACGUGGAUGCGGGGAAGGACACGAUGGUGAAACGCCUGCUGAAGAGAGGAGAGACCAGUGGGAGGGUGGAUGACAAUGAGGAGACCAUCAAGAAGCGUUUGGAGACCUACUACAAGGCCACUGAGCCCGUCAUUGCCUUCUACAAGAGCAGAGGCAUCGUCCGCCAGCUCAACGCCGAGGGCUCUGUGGAGGAGGUUUUCCAGCAGGUCUGCACCCACCUCGACUGCCUGUGAGCAGCCCCCGGCCCCAGCUCCCCCGGUGCACUCCAGCAGAGACAGCGGAAGCGGCUUUAUCCUGUUUUCGUGGACGGAGCCGUGCGGAGGAAAUUUCAAGGACAUUGUGUUUGGCUCUUUCCCGUCUCUCCCCAGUAAAGUUCACUUUAAUGAA